AUGCAUUCCCUCCAUAAUUUACCGAAGAGCGCGGGUAAAGAAGACGAGAACUUCGCCAUUAAUAAUUUCACUAUUAAAGGAGUGAAAGCACACAUAAAUUACGAAGCAUCCGACGUCAUGGCAGCCAACGUAAAUUGCCUCUAUUUUAGAAGCCUAAUCAGACAUCUGAUUUCUACAGGUGGCAGUAAAGAAAUUACAAGAAAGUGUGAAGUUUCACUGUCACAGCAUUACAACAGGGUAAAACUGUUUGUACAUAAAAGCUUAUAUAAUUGUUCACAUGUAUUUUUAAGAGUGGACAAAGUACAACUUCCACUAAGGCCACCAUACUCUGAUUUAUAUAAGUUGGUAAAGAGAUUAGACAACAGAUUUAUCAUAAUAAUCGACGGAGAAGGAAAAACCACAUCAAUUGAUAGAUUAAAACCAGCGUUUGUAGCACAACUGGAUCUUCCAUUGACGACAAUAAGUCAAUCACAAACAGAUAGUAAAAAUAAACUUUCAAGAACCUAUGUAAAUAAAAAAAAAGUAAUUUCGCGCCCAAGUCAUUUUUGUGAGGGGGUAAUAGCUUUGGCGGGAAAGCUGCAGAUAGCGCCGAAAAUCACUGGUAGCGACAUCUAGCGAACUUUGCCCGAAGGGUUUACAUAAACCGCCCGCCAAUAUGCAACGACAGCUCUUCCGGUGAUUAUGCGUGUUAGAUACA